GUGCAUCAGGCUUAGGUUCUGGUUUAGCAAAAUUUACUAAUCUCUCAAAUUUGACACUUAAUCUUGAUGGCAAUCAAAUUGGUGAUGAAGGUGCAUCAGGCUUAGGUUCUGGUUUAGCAAAAUGCAUUAAUCUCUCAAAUUUGACACUUUAACUUUAUGGUAAUCAAAUUGGUGAUGAAGGUGCAUCAAGCUUAGGUUGUGCUUUAGCAAAAUGCAUUAAUCUCUCAAAUUUGGCACUUAAUCUUCGUGGCAAUUAUAUUGGUGAUGAAGGUGCAUCAGGCUUAGGUUCUGGUUUAGCAAAUUGCAUUAAUCUCUCAAAUUUGACACUUAACCUUUAGUAAAAACAAUUUAUUU